UCUCCCCCCUCUUUCGGCUUCCUCUGCUCUGUCGCCUCCCAUCCCAUCUCCUGUUUUCCUCCUCUCUCCCCCUGCUUUCUCCUCAUCGCUUUGCUCGUUCGUUCGCUCGUCCGCUGCAGCUGCAGCAAGGUGGCGGAGCGGCGAGGUGAGGGGGUGGCGUUGGCGGUGACUGGACCUAAUGGCCACUUAAUGAGCCCAAGUUCGUAAGCAGCUGGGAGGGUGGGGGUCCAGAGGUCACAUGGCCAGCAAAGCUUAAAGAACCAGCGUGUCACGCUUAUGAAGCUGAAAAAUGGAAGGAGAGAUACAGAGGGACAACGGAGAGGGGAAGGGGAGACCGGAAUGGCUGGUGACAUUAUUGCUCCGGUCCUGUUUGGUUCAUGACUUUAUCUCUGCAGAAAAACAUGCAGCGCUGGGCUACCUCAUUGGCCGGGAUCUCCACCAAUCAGAGUGCAGGCAUGUAAGGUGCCUUUAGGUUAUACCCAACCCUAGAAAACAAGAAACAGUGGAGAGAGAGAGAGGGGGAGCAAGGCAGGCAGCAGCUUGGCAAUAUUUCUGAGGCAUUCCAGCCUUUACACUUUGCAAACGUUCUCACUGAAGAAACGUGGCCGGUGUGGUGGGAAUUCUGUCCCUAAAUCAUGGUUUUCCUGAUAUGACUUUUCUUACUUCUUGCAUUACCUGGAGACCACUUGCAGUUGCAGCCCCUCUAGAACUUUCCUCAGCACGCUACCUUUUCAGCAACCCCCCCCUCCCCCCCAAACACCCAGUUCCAUCUCAGGAGCGCAACAAACUGUCUCCGGCCACGGACAGGGAUCUCACCUGGACAGGAGGCCGAGGAGGGGGUGGGAGAAGAUCGCGGGUCAGGACCUCUUUUCAACCUUCCGUGUUACGGACAGGAGCAUCGGGGGUCCAGAGCCUUGAGAAGGAGAAGGAGAAGGAGAAGGAGAAGGAGCACCAAGUACUGCUCAGCUGAAGCGUCGGACCAGAAUUAGGAGUGAGGACACAAAGGAGAGGCAUAACGGAGAGGAUGAUUUUGGGCAGUAUCAGCCGGACAGGGGCCGUACCGGCCUUCCUGAGGACCCCCGGCAUGAUCCAGCCGCACCUGGACAUGAAGCCGUUUCUGCAGUUCCCCCUGGACUCAGCGCCUCCCCCUCCUCCGCACGGUGUUGGGAUCUUCCACAACUUCAGCGCGAUGGAUCCGGUGCAGAAAGCCGUGAUCAACCACACCUUCGGGAUUCCGCUGGUGAAGACCAAGCGCCCAGUCAUCUCCUGUAAUGUCUGCCAAAUCCGCUUCAACUCUGAGAGUCAGGCAGAGGCUCACUACAAAGGCAACCGGCAUGCGAGGAGGGUAAAGGGCAUGGAGACCUCCAAGACCCGCCCUCAGGAAAGCGACAAGCCCCCGCCUCCCCCCACAGCCUCCCCCACCCCCCCGGGACCAUCACCAGCCACCUCGGAUGCUGAGCCCAGCAAACAAGAUGAGGCUCAGCCCCUCCCCCCAUUAAAUGGGCUAACUCCAGCACCCCCCCCACUCACUUCACCUCUGACACCAGAUGCUCCCACCCUGUCUUCUUGCCAACCGCAGGCCCCUCCCACCACCCCUCUUCUCCCCGCCUCCUCUUCAUCCUCCACCCCAGGCUGCGGCAUUGCCCGCACAGAUCAGCCCCAGCCGGGGCCCCCGGGAGCCCCCUCCCCGGCUCCCAGCCCGCCUGAGUCAGAAGAGGACAAGGCCAAGAAGCUGCUGUACUGUUCACUGUGCAAAGUGGCCGUCAAUUCACUGUCCCAGUUGGAGGCGCACAAUAAAGGUACCAAACACAAAACCAUAUUGGAGGCUCGCAGUGGUCUAGGCCCUAUCAAGGCGUACCCCCGCCUGGGCCCCAAACCCAGCACAGAGCAGGGAGGGGGACCCCUGGACCCCAACACUCAGGAACGCACCUUCCACUGUGAGAUCUGCAACGUGCGGGUCAACUCGGAGCUGCAGCUCAAACAGCACAUAUCGAGCCGACGGCACCGGGACGGCGUCGCUGGCAAACCCAACCCCCUGCUCAGCCGUUACAAGAAGCACCGGGCCACAGACCUCACGCCCGCCCUGUCCUUCACCAAGGACCUCCCCAAAGCUCUGGGUGCCAGCCUCCUGCCCUCGCCCCUGGCCGUCGCCGCGGCGAUGGCCGCAGCAGCCUCCUCCAAUCAGCUGGCUCUCCGCGCCGCAGGCCCCCCAGCGCAUCAUCACCUGCUACAGGCCCCGCCCCUCGCACACGCCCUUCUGAGACCCGCCCCCGGGCCCAUUCGCACCUCCCAUGGACCCGUCCUCUUUUCUCCUUACUGACUCCGCAGCUCAGCUUUGGUCAGUCAGGAACGGCACUUCUGAAAGCACACUGUGAGGAAAUACACCAUAUUAAAGAAUAAUAAUAGUAAUAAUAAUAACAAUGAUAAUAAUAAUAAUCAGCAACGAAAUCAAAAUCAUCCAGAAAAGUGCAGGGAUAGAAAAGGAAGGAACUGUCCUAGAGGAGAGACCCUCCCGCCCCCCCGCUUCCCUGUUCCCAGACCUUCAGGCACUCUCUCGGACUCUGGGUGGGAAUAGUGUGUCAGACACCCCCUCCUUGUACAUUCUCCCUGCUGGGGCUCCCCUGCCACACAUCCGCUCCGUAGCCCCAGAGGCGCGGCAUGAGCACCACAGCGUCUCUCCGCUCUUCUGUGUUGUCACCCUGUUCAGUCCAAAUGGUCCUUAGAUAUGAGCUAGUGGCUUUUAGUGUUCUUGGCUGUAACCUAUUUGUGCCCAGUAGACAGCAAGUAGCCGAAUCAGUGUGACCGUGGACCCAUCCCAAGG